AUGGAAAAAAAGAUGAAGUGUGUGCUUAUAUUACUCCUCUGUUCUCCUGCUGCAUCUCCAGUAAAACACUCCCUGAAGUUUUUCUCCACUGAAACCUCUGGAGUCCAGAGUAUCCCAGAGUUUGUGGCUGGUGCACUUGUUGAUGAAGUUCAGAUAGGUGACUUCAACAGUGUAAGAGGAGCAGAGCUAAAGAAAGACUGGAUUAAAUUCUUUGAGGAUCAUCCUCAGCACCUGGAGUGGUAUAGUUUACAAUCUAAUGACAGUCAUCACUUCUUUAAGGCUACAAUUAAGACUUUGAGGCAACGUUUCAACCAAACUGAAGGUGUUCAUAUCAUCCAGAGGAUGAAUGGCUGUGAGUGGAAUAAUGAGACUGGUGAGAUUAAUGGGUUCAAUCUGUACAGUUAUGAUGGAGAAGACCUUCUAGCAUUGGACCUGCAGACACUGACAUGGAUCACUCCAAAACCGCAGGCUGUCCUCACCAAACUUAGAUGGGAUGCUCAAAAAACUCGAUUAGAAUUAAACAAAAACUUUUUAGGCUAUCGGUGCCCUGAGUUUUUAAAGGAGUAUUUGCAGUAUGGCAGGAGCUUUCUGCAGACAGCAGUUCUUCCCUCAGUGUCUCUCCUCCAGAAGACUCCCUCCUCUCCAAUCAGCUGCCACGCUACAGGUUUCUAUCCUGACAGAGGUUUGAUGUUCUGGAGGAAAGAUGGAGAGGAGAUUCAUGAAGGUGUAGAUCCCGGAGAGAUCCUCCCCAACAAUGAUGGGACCUUCCAGUUGAGUGUUGAUUUGAAACUUUCAUCAGUCACACCUGAAGAUUGGCAGAGGUACGACUGUGUGUUUCAGCUCUCUGGUGUGAACGAGGACAUCAUCACCAAACUGGACAAAACAGCGAUCAGGACCAACUGGAAAAAGCCCACUGACAUGGGAACCUUCAUCGCUGCUGCAGUGAUUGUUCUAGCUUUCACCAUCAUCACACCUGUGACAUUUUUGACCUACAUAAAUAAAAAAUGUGAGAAAUCUAAAGUUUAG